UAAUGCUGAAAUGAAGAAUCAAUAGAUGUGUAUAAACAAAUUGACAAAAUGAAGAUGUUCCAGCCAUAUUUGUGAAGCGUUGGUCGAUCGGAUCUCCAGGACUUGGAAGAAUGCUCAGGCGCUGUGCUAUGAAUGGUGGAGAAGGACCUCAUAGCUAUGCCCGAAACUCAUCCUAUCAGAAAGGAUUUGUGGAUGUGGCAAAACCAAUAAUUGAAGAAGAAAUUUCCAGAAAACUAGAUAUCAAACACCUUUCAUCCACUUUCAGGAUUGCGGAUUUCGGCUGCUCAACGGGCCACAAUUCUUGUGCAGCGAUGCAAAUUAUAACUGAAGCCAUCAGGCGAAGGUUUGAAAUAGAGGGAUUAAUUUCUCAACUCCCGGAUUUUUACGUGUACUUUAAUGAUAAAGUCACGAAUGAUUUCAACACUCUUUUCAAUUCACUGCCACGUGAAAGACUUUAUGGUGCUGCUGGAGUGCCGGGUUCUUUUCAUGGCCGGCUGUUGCCGAAAGCUGUGCUUAAUUUUGCUUAUUCCAGUUGUUCCCUUAACUGGAUCUCGGAGGUGCCAAAGGCAGUGCUGGACAAUACGUCUCCAGCAUGGAACCGGGGGAAAAUUCACUAUGAGGGAGCAAGAAGAGAAGUGCGUGAAGAGUAUGCCAAUCAGUACUCCAAAGAUAUAGAGUCAUUCUUGGAUUCUAGAGCAGAGGAGCUGGUGCAGGGAGGGCUAAUGGCCCUUCUUGUCCCUGCAGUCCCUGCUUCCUGGGAUCCCAACUCGGCCUACACAUCGACCAGCGAGCUUUAUCUUUUCGGUUCAUGCUUUAUGGACAUGGCGAAAACGGGAAGAUUCAGCGAGGCUAAGGUAGACUCCUUCAACAUUCCGGUAUAUUUUCCCAUCCCACAAGAAUUCAAGGCCAUAAUAGAGAGGAACGACAAAUACACAAUCGAAAGAAUGGAGGUCCUAGACAAUCCGGGGAAGCACAACUUGACCGGCCCCAAAGACCGUGCUGCAUACUUCAGAGCAACCUCUGAGGGAAUGCUGAUAGAUCACUUUGGAAGCGAAAUAAUCGAAGAAUUGUUUGACCGCUACACAAAGAAACUUGAAGCUUCACCGCUUUUCUCAGAUCCCGACUGUGACAAGUCAAUUAUAAUGUUUGUCCUCCUCCAGCGCAAACCAGAAUCAUAUUGUUCUGCUUCUUGAUUUACUAUGAUCAAAAGUAGAGAACGUAAUCCCUCCUGCUCAUGUGAUUGGUUUAGUUUGAUCAAAUUUGGUUUAAUUAAGAAUUUUCCCAUUUAAUGUUGUUUGUAAAGAUGAGUGAUCCUUUUAUAAUGCUUCUGAUGGUGUGAAUAUCCCCUGAAAAUUAGUAUUUGCAUAUAUGAACUAUAUUUCUCCUU